AUGCUCUGGCUAUUCAACCUCUUCAGCAGACCCACUGCCCGUGACGGAGCCAUGUCCAACCGUGCAGAUGCAUUUUCCCGUUCCGGUGACGCUGCUGUGCCGCCCGCCCCCGCUGGCCCCGCCUCCUCCGUGCCUGCAGAAUCCGGUUCCCAAGGAUCGGCCGCUGCGGAUCUUCGUGUUCGUGAUUCCGCCCGUCAAGCCGAACUUCUGCACUGCUGGAGGUCUAUCUGUGAGCACUCCAUGGAGGACGCCGCCCGCGCGCUGAAUUUUUGGACUUCCGCUCCGUCCUCUUCAUUGAGGAAGUCGCCCGCGAUGUGGUCAUGGACCGAGUCGGAGUCGGACCAUGUCAUGGAGGAGGCCGCUCCGCAGCCAGCUUCCGCCGACCCGCAGGCCACAAGCCCGCCGCCUGCCCAAGCUCCUACCAACCCUGCAGAGCUUCUGCGCGAGCGCCAGUGGCAUUCUAGCACGUCGCACGGCGUGCACACCGACCCGCUGCAGCGUGUUGAGCCACGCCCACUCCGCCAUGAGCACUUGCGCUUUGACCCCGCCAUCGGACACCGUGCUGUCGCACCCGAUGACUCCGCGACCAGCCAGCGCUCCGACCGCUCCCGCCUGCCAGUGGUCUGUCCGACAGCCCCAACAGACCCCCGGCCCGACGAGAUGCUCAACUUCGAGAUGGGCUACACCGAGUCCCUGCGGACCUCUUCUGCUUGCAUCCGGACGAGAUUCCCCGCUGGCUCAAUUCGUGUCUGCAGCCGCCCGCAGACAUGCACUGGAAUGGAACAAUGCUUAGGGACAGGAAACGGUGAGGGCGGAGCAGAGGUGCGGACAAAGGAGGGAUUAAAACCCGGGGAAGAGGUCUAA